AUGCCCCCCAACUUCUGCAUGGCGCAUGGUGGCAUCUUGAGAGAGAUCUUGGAGAAUUUGUAUUGUGUGUCGAAGAGAAGAGUUGCCGUGCAUCCCAAGCCGAGGACGGUAGGAGCGAUAGUGGCCGCUGGUGGUUGCUGUGAGAGUAUUCGAAGGAAGUUGGUGGUCUGGCCCUUGCCCAGGAUGUUGAGAGAUGGAAGUAGAAUGGUCCAGACUCUGCUGACCUGCCAACUAGGCAGGAGGAGUGUUCUGCCAGACACCCCCGUCAAAAAGGAAGGCUGA